GACGUCGUAGAUUCCACGUUGGCCCGGACGUGGCAGUCGACAGUUAGGAGUCCUCCAGCCGAUCAGAGUAAAACUAUCACACAUCGCUGCUGUUGUGACUUAUAUCAGUUCUUCUUUCAUAGAUUCAAACAUCAUCAGCCAGUUAUGGGGCUCACCAUCUCUUCACUCUUCGAUCGGUUUUUUGGUAAAAAACAAAUGAGGAUUUUGAUGGUUGGCCUUGAUGCUGCCGGAAAAACAACUAUCUUGUACAAGUUGAAGCUUGGUGAAAUUGUGACCACCAUCCCAACCAUUGGUUUCAAUGUGGAGACGGUAGAAUAUAGAAAUAUCAGCUUCACUGUAUGGGAUGUGGGUGGCCAGGACAAGAUCAGACCCCUCUGGAGACAUUACUUCCAGAACACACAGGGCCUCAUCUUUGUGGUGGACAGCAAUGACAGAGAAAGAGUGGCAGAGUCUUCAGAGGAGCUCCAGAAGAUGUUGACGGAGGACGAGUUGAAAGACGCUGUUUUGCUGGUGUUUGCUAACAAACAGGACCUUCCCAAUGCCUUACCAGUCAGCGAACUCACAGAAAAACUCGGCCUACAAGCCCUCCGCAACAAAAAUUGGCACAUUCAGUCAACCUGCGCCACCCAGGGCAGUGGGCUGUAUGAAGGACUUAACUGGCUAUCUGAGGCGUUGACCAAGAACUAAAGAAGGAUGGGCUGCAGGGGGAGAGAGAGAGAGAGAGAGAGAGAGAGAGAGAGAGAGACUGAACACAACAGGACAGGACAGGACAGGAGAGAAGGCACAGACAUUCAAUCCAGAAACAUUUGGUCUUCCAGCACCAAUGUUCACAAAAAGGACAAGGCUGGUGGACGACAUAUAAUCAUUUUUGGAAUUUUUUUUAAUCACGUUUUUUUUCUCUCUUUUUAUUAUCAAUGAUAUUACAAUUAUAUCUCUUGACAUAGUAUCUAUUUUUCUCCUUUUUGUCCCAAACUCUUAAAUGGCAAUAUGUUGUAAUUACAUAUUCAGUUGCAUGACGAGCCUGUUCCAGAAAUUUCAUGGAAACAACGAAUAGUGUAAUGGGAGUUGUUUUUCCACUUAAAACCUUGGCUCUUAGUCAUCAUUUGCGGUAAUCAACCACUUGUAUAAUUGUUGGACUUAAUUAUAGCCAAUGUCAAGCCUAGGUUGGGGGUAUGAUAAUAUAACUAUAGCUUCGGUGAAGGACGACUUGUAGGCGGCCUCAGGCUGUUCAUCUCCGCAACCCCUCGUGGAUAUUUGACUCCCUCGCAGACCUGAUCCUUCGCUCUUCACGGUUAUGUCUCGUGCCAACUUGUUUCUGUAAGGGCAUAUAGCCCGUAGAAUGAGAUGGAAGAGGAUUGCAGCAAUUUCACAUCUAGAUUUUGUAGGUAGUGUGGAACCAUGUGGCCUAUGAGUAAAUGGAUCCAAAAAAAGGAACAUUGUGCCUUCCUGUCCCUCUUAACACAAAUCUGAGUAAUCCUUUCCAUAUCUCAUAAGAUGCUUUAGUGACUUUUUUGCUUUUGAAACACAAAAUAAUGUAUUAAGACACUUCCUUUUGUUCUGCAAUGUACGCUGAGGUGCAGCAGAACCACACCAUUGUGAGUGCAUAUUGCGUCUUUACAACUGGACUUCACUAUCAACCAGGAUUUCAUCCUGUUAGUCCGCACUCCUCUUCCUUUUUUUUUUUUUUUUUUUAAAAAGCCACCAUGGAAAAAAAGGCUUUAAUUAAAAAUGUCAGUUCUUCUAUCCACUCUAACAUAAAAUCUCUUUUACUCUAAAAAGAGGAAGGAAGCGUGUUUUCAGUGUUGACACAUGGCCAAUGUUGUGUGACACAGUAAAGUAGCAUGUUUUUUGUUGUUUGAGUUUGUUGUACUGUCUGAAGGCAAAUACUGUAUUAUAUUCUUAAUUGUUCUACCCCUCUAACACAAAAACAUACCUGGCCAUCAGUUUAUUUUUGUGUAUACAUUCCAACCUAUGCUUGCAGAUGCUAGAGCUGCCACUCUUAAAAUUAUUGGCAAAAAAUAUUUUACAAAAAAGCUCUGAAUAAAGACGAUGCAAACAAG